AUGUCGAUUCCGGAUGAGGACCACUUGACUACAUGCAUUGGGUGUGGAAGAAUUCUCCGAUGGGAUGGCAAGGGUUCUUUCAGUGGUAAAUCAAAAAAACCAACCGUUGUUUUGGAAGCGAUAACACCUUUUGACACAUGGAUCUGGCAUGCUUUCUUUGGAAUCCCGGGGGCCCAAAAUGACAUCACCAUACUCGAGUGUUCACCUCUCUUCGAAUCCCUCACGGAGGGUAACUUACCUCAACUAGACUACUACAUCAACGGUCGUCUUUACAACAUGGGGUAUUACCUUGCUGAUGGUAUCUACCCAAAGUGGGCAACACUUGUCCAAUCAAUUAGACAUCCUGAGAAUGUGGCAGAGGAGUAUUUUUCCACCAAGCAAGAGGUAUACCGUAAGGAUGUUGAAAGAGCUUUUGGGAUUCUUCAAGCUCGAUUUGCAAUCGUUAGGCAACCGGCAAGAGGGUGA